ACUUUUGAUUAGCAGUCAAAUUCUAAGUUUCUCUGGGAGGGAUACAAUCUGAAAAGGAAAGUGAAGAGUUGCACAUGUUCAGAUGUAUUUGGGAGAUUUGUGUUAAGGUUUAUUUGACCAUGGAAUGGAAUUUAGAACUCCGUGAAAGAAAGCUGGUAUCUAGAGCAUUGAUGUCACACAGCAUGUGUCCCAGGCUGAGGAGAUGUAAGAGCUAACAAUGGCUGUCCAUUCCAGCAGGCCACACUUCUGAAAAUAUGUCUAAAUUUUUUGAUCUCCGAGCAAUAAUCAUGAUUGCCAUUGGUGGUGGGAUCCUGUCAUCCAUGCUUCUACUGAUAGGAGUUGUCCUCUGUCUUUACUCCAAAGUAACCAAGGCACUGAAUUCAGCUGGAACUGCAAAAGAAGCAGAUGCUGCUGCAAGCUGUAUUGUACCAAGCAAGCUCACCCAAGACAAGAUCAUCCUGGCCAAACCCAUCACUGAGCCUUGUCGUACCGUCCAGUGCUGUGAUGCAUGUAGUGUCUACGCAGAUGUUGGUGCCGUGCCACCUUGCUUUUGUAGCAUAAGUGAAGGACUCUGACAUAGCAGUGGUGGA